AUGUCUUUAUGUGAUCUUUGUAAGUCCAUCCCAUUGGGAAAGCUUCCCCCUUUCCGCGAUGAAGAAUUCAUAAAGACAAUGAGUGGGAAACCACGCUAUCAUCGAUUACUACUCCAUGAAUAUGAAGCAGGAAAACCCAUUGAACGCUUCGGCAUUCAGUAUCACUCUGAUCUAGAAAGCCUGCGCAGAGCGGCUUCGGAAGGAUGUGUACUCUGCCAGUUGGUUGAGAAAGAAGCUAGUGGCCUCCUGGAGGAGAUUUCCAAUCUUCUUCGUGAGCUUGAAGGUGCUUUAACCUGUCGUCCGAGCUGGGAUAUGUGGUUGACGAGGCGAGGAGAGCCUGGAGGCGAUGGUUUCUGGGUUGUCUGUGGAAGCACCGUCGAAAGUGAUCGCUGGGUGAUGCCUGUUGCAUCAAUCGGUUUCGCGUCGGAUGAAAAUGACGAUCAUUCAGUCGGAUACAAUGGGCGCGUGUUGAGAGAGAUUCCGGACAAGACAACCCUUAACCGAAUCGUCAAUUGGCUCAAGAAGUGUGAUGAGCACCCUCAUUGCCGAAUUCAGGGAGCUCGAAUGCCGACCCGCCUUCUGGAUGUUGGAACUUCAGAUUCUGACCACAUAAUCAAGCUUGUUGAGCCUGAUUCUGGGAUUUGCAGUCAUUACAUCACUCUCAGCUACUGUUGGGGAAAAGGUAUAAAGCAUUUCACCACAACCAGCGAGACUAUGCAAGCUAGGAAGAAUGGCAUCAAGGUUGAUGAACUUCCCAAGACCUUCCAAGAUGCCGUGUUCUUGACCCGCAUGCUGGGUUCUAGGUAUCUUUGGAUCGACAGUUUGUGCAUCUGCCAGGAUGACUUGAAGGACUGGGAACGGGAGUCGGCGCAGAUGGCAGCCGUGUAUUCGAAUUCCUACCUAACGCUUGCAGCGGCAAAGUCUGAUAACGCCAACGGAGGCUUGCUCUCCGCUCGAACACCGAAGACCUACGUAAAACUGCCUUGCAGCAGCUCUAGUAAUGGCGACUACAUCCUCGCGUCUGCUUUGCCCCUUGAUAAGGAGGUUAUCCACAACUACCACGUCCAGAUGAGAGAGGAGCCGUUGACAACAAGAGCAUGGAGCUUACAAGAACGCGUUCUCGCUCGCCGAGUACUCCACUUUGCGAGCAACCAGAUGUAUUGGGAAUGUCUUGAGGGUUUCGAAGCGGAGGAAGGCCUGAAACUACCAUACUCACUGCCUUCCAUCAGCGAGGAUCCCCAAAUUUCCGCUUACGUCGAGAAUCAAGCAAAACGCAAGACCAAAAAGUCUCCCAAGGCUGUAGAGCUGUCUAACCCCUCCAUGAGCAACUGGAAUAGUCUUCUUUGGGAGUACGGACCUCGAGAGAUGACCAAUCCGGCGGACAAACUGCCAGCCAUCUCCGGUAUUGCCCGAGCUUUGAACAAAACCCUCGACGAUGAAUAUCUGGCAGGCUUGUGGCGUGGCUCGCUGCUAGAGGGCCUUUGCUGGGAACCCCUUUCCUGUGAAGCUUCUGAUACAUACCGAGCACCGUCAUGGUCCUGGGCCUCCGUCGAUGGCAUUCCUGCAACAGGGUUCAUCGGAGAUGUGGAGGAAGUGGCCAAGGUCCUCGAGGCCAGGGUUGCUGUUGAUGGAGACAAUCCCUUUGGCCGUGUUAAAGAUGGCUUUAUUAAGCUCGAAGCUCCGCUGGUCCGGGUGAAGCUCUCUGAGAAUAAGGGCCCGACUGGACAUGUGCUGUUUCGGAGCCAGAAGGGGGAUGAUGAUUGCCCCGCUAUGCUUGACUCCAUUGACCGAAGAUACGAAGUGAGCGCGGAGCUCAUCAAGUCUAUGGAGAUAUAUGCUCUAGUACUGGUUUACACCUACGGCGGAUUGCAGCCCCCCGAUCCCGAGCGGAAGAAUCCGUGCGUCCAUGGAAUUUUUGUCACCCCUGCUUUGGAUAGGCCUGGCUGUAUGAGGAGAAUUGGUGCGGUAUUGCAGGACGCAAAGGCUUUUGGUCCAGACGAGAUUACGGCUUGCAAGAAGACUGUGACGGUAGUUUAA